AUGAGAUGGACAGCUACAUGUAUCAAAGUGUUGGCCAUGAGGCAUUGAAUUUGUAUGCUGAAGCUAUGGGCCUACCUUUGUACCAACAAGAAAUUGAAGGAGCCCCUUUAAAACAAACGCUUGACUACCAACAAACUUCUGGAGAUGAAGUUGAAGAUCUCUUUAAUUUGCUAUCUAAAGUAAAAAAUUCUGUAGAUAUAGAAGCUGUUUCUGUUGGUGCAAUAUUUUCUGACUACCAGAGACUACGAGUUGAAAAUGUAUGCAAGCGUUUGAAUCUUGAAGUUUUCAGUUAUUUGUGGCAUAAAAAUCAAGAGAAGUUAUUGCAAGAAAUAAUAACUAGUGGCGUUCAUGCUAUUAUCAUCAAGGUUGCUGCUCUUGGUUUGGAGCCUGAAGUGCACUUGGGUAUGAGUCUUGAAGAAAUCUAUCCACACAUGAUUGCUAUGAAUAAACAGUACGGCUUGAACAUUUGUGGGGAAGGUGGAGAAUUUGAGUCUUUCACUCUAGAUUGUCCUUUAUUUAAAAAAAGAUUGGAAAUAAAAGAAAAAGAAACCAUUAUCCAUGCUGAUAAUGCCUUUGCUCCUGUUGGUUACUUGAAAUUUAAAAAAGUUGAACUUUGUGAAAAAAAAUAAGUGAAAGAAAGUUUAUUUGUUAUCUAAACAAGAUUGGAAAAAGGGACCUAUUAUGUUUUUAUGUCUGUCAUCUUAUGUUUUUAUGCAUUUAUAAUCUGGAAUUGUCACAUUAAAAUGUUAUUUUUUAAAA